AUGGUUCGGUACACAUCUGUCCUUCUGGCACUCGCCGCAGGCCCGGCUCUAGUAGCCUCUGCAGCUUCUCAAUGCUACAACUGGAAAAAUGUCAAGAUUGGUGGCGGUGGUGGCUUUGUUGAUGGGAUUGUAUUCAAUCCAAGCGCAUCUGGAGUCGCAUACGCACGAACUGAUAUUGGUGGAGCUUAUCGAUUGAACUCCGAUGAUUCUUGGACUCCUUUGUUGGACUGGGUAGAUUCUACAAACUGGAACUAUAUGGGAGUCGAUGCCAUUGCCACUGAUCCUAUUGAUACCAACAGAGUUGUUAUGGCCGUCGGGUUGUACACAAACGAUUGGGACCCUAAUAUGGGAUCCAUCCUGCGCUCAACAGAUAAGGGCAAUAACUGGUCUGCUACUAAGCUACCAUUCAAAGUUGGAGGCAACAUGCCGGGAAGAGGAAUGGGAGAGCGUCUCGCGAUUGAUCCAAACUCCAACAACAUCAUUUAUUUCGGUGCUCGCAGUGGAAACGGCCUUUGGAAAUCUACCGAUUAUGGUGCUACUUGGGCUAAGGUCUCCUCAUUUACUUCUGUUGGAACUUUCGUUCCAAACCCAUCUAGCAGCAACUCCUACGAGCGUGACAUUGUUGGAAUUGCUUGGGUUACCUUUGACUCCACCAGCGGGUCUAAGGGGUCUGCUACCCCGAGGAUCUUUGUUGGUGUAGCUGACAAGUCGAAUUCCAUUUGGGUCUCUACAAACGCCGGUUCAACCUGGAGUCUUGUAUCUGGCCAGCCAAGCCAAAGCUAUCUACCUCACAAGGGUGUCCUUUCUCCCUCAGAUAAGCUUCUUUAUAUCACAUAUUCCGACGGCGCAGGACCAUAUGAUGGUGCCCUUGGUGCCGUCUGGAAGUACAACAUUGCGUCUGGAGCUUGGACAGAUAUUACCCCAGUCAGUGGAGGUGAUCUCUACUACGGAUUUGGCGGCUUCGCCGUUGAUCUCAAGAAACCUGGUACCAUCAUGGUAGCAGCGCUCAACGCCUGGUGGCCAGAAGGGCUUAUUUUCCGCAGUACCAACAGCGGUGCAAGUUGGACUAGAGCUUGGGACUGGAAUGGCUCAGACAGAACUAAGCGCUUCACUAUGGAUUCCAGUUUGGCACCUUGGCUAAGCAAUCCUUCGGAUGAAGUCCCAGAGCCAAUUGGAUGGAUGAUGGAAGCUCUAGUCAUUGAUCCCUUUGAUUCUAACCACUGGUUGUACGGAACCGGAGCAACAAUCUAUGGUGGCCGUGAUCUGACCAAGUGGGAUACUGCUGGUGGCGUCGUAACUAUCAAAUCACUCGCUGAUGGUAUCGAAGAAACCGCUAUCUUGGGUCUCCUCUCCCCUCCAACUCAACAUGUCAAGCUCGUUUCCAGUGUCGGCGAUAUUAACGGAUUUAUUCACGACAACUUGGAUACUCCAAGGACAUCUGCAUCCCAAUUCCACAACCCCAAGUUUGCGACUACCUUCUCCCUUGACUAUGCCGGCAACAAGCCGCUCAACUACGUCCGUAUCGGUGGCGAUGCCGGAAACAUCGCCGUUUCUACCAAUGGAGGUGUUUCUUGGUCUUCGCACUCUCAAUCCUCGGGAACUACCGGAUCGAAUGGUUUCGUCUCGUACUCCGCAAACGCAGAUACCAUCGUAUGGAGUACCACCAAUAUCGGUGUCAUCCGCUCCGCCAAUGGUGGAAGUUUUACAACUGUAUCCUCUUUGCCAGCGAAUGCAUAUGUCGCUGCUGAUCGUCGCGAUAACACUGUUUUCUAUGCCAUUUCUGGAAAUAAAUUCUAUGUUUCCAAGAAUACCGGUGCCACCUUUACCCAAACUGCGACGCUCUCGGGAAGCUGGGGUUAUAAGAUCGUUCCUAACCCCGGAACUGCAGGAGACGUUUGGGUUUCCACUGAUGGUGGUCUCUUCCGCUCCACUAACACUGGUACUUCUUUCACCACUAUUAGCGGGCCUACAUGGGCUGCUCACUUCGAUCUCGGUGCUCCAAAGACUUCUGGUGCAUAUUGGUCGAUUGCAGCUAUGGCUACUAUUGACGGAAAGAAGGGUCUCUAUAGAUCUGAUGACACCGGAGCAACCUGGGUCCAGAUUAACGACGCCACUAUGGGAUUCGGUACCGCCGAAAGCAACAGAGUCGCCGUCGAUUACUCCGUUUACGGAAGAAUCUUCGUCGGAGGUGGAAACGGACGUGGUAUCUUCUAUGGUACCCCAUGCGGCGGAACCCCAACGUCGACUACUACUGCUGCAACCACUACAAGGGCCACUACGACCUCAUCGACCACCACCCGCGUUACCACUACUCCAGUGACCACCCCAUCGACUACUACAACAACCGCCAUUCGAACUUCCACAACAACUAGCGCAGUAACAACCACUCGUUCUACUACAACUACCACUCGUGCCAGUACCACUGCUAGCACCACAACCACAACAGCCGGUGGUGCCCUUCAAAGCCAAUGGGGACAAUGCGGAGGCCAAGGCUGGACAGGCCCCACGGCGUGUGCGCCUCCUGCGACCUGCGUCUCUAGCAACCCUUACUACUCCCAAUGUUUGUAA